AUUCUACUAGAAUAGACGCUUAUCAUUCUCAGAUCAGAGAAGUGCAUAAUUCUACUAUGCAAGCCCAGCAGGUCCUUCGAGCAGGACGAUCUGAUGCUUGGAGCAAGGAGGAAAAUUUCAGUCCAGGAAGUUAACAGCUUGGCAGAGGAGUUUAUCAGAGCCAUUUCAUCAGAGGGAGAGCAUGUUACAGUGGAUAAGGUUAUAUUGCGGCUCUGUAGACAUUUAAGAGUCCCAGCACUUAAGAGUGUUAAAAUAGACGCUCACCGUGAUAUUCCAGCAAUUAAGGAGCUCUGCCGGACCCUCAGGGAAAUCAAUAUUUUCAUUGAGUCUAUAGAAGCAGUUCGCACAGUGUGCACUUUGUAUGAAGUGGGUGAAUGCAUAGCAGCCCUAAAAGCCAAGAAACACUUCAAAGAGCUGAAUGUGGGCCCACUGUGCAAGAUUCCAUUAAUCCACAAAAUGUUCAAAGUACCCAGUACCUUGAAGGAUGAGGAUAUCGUUGAAAUAGAGACAGUGGACAUCAUCAAGAAUCUGCGUGUAUUUAUGAGGAAGCAAAAAGGCUACAAAUGCAAAGUGGAUCUUCCAGAGUUCAUGAAGUUUAUAUCUGAUCAGUACAAAUGCGAUUCUCCAUAUGAUUUGGGUAUCAGAAUUCAGAGCAUUGCUCUCUCAAUUUCGACAUUGCGGAAAGCAGUGAACUGUGAAUAUGAUUCAAUGGACAAGACCAAGAAAAUUAUUCAAAAAGAAAUUGAGGAAGAGAUUGAGGCCAAACUGAGAAAAGUCAAAAAAAGCCUAUUGGAACCUGCAUCUGGAGCGCCUCUUUACUCCUCUAGUGGCUCCAGCGAGAUGCGUUUGAAAUAUGCCCACAUGAGUGCUUCUGAUGCAGUGAUGGAGGUGUUUACCAAGGCACAGGACAUAUUCAGCAAGAAAAUGGCCAAGCAUGUGGAAGGAUUCUUGUCAUACAUUUCUGGUGACCGAUUAGCAGCUGCAAUGUUCCAAAUGGCUAUCUGCUGUGGAUCACUGGAGGCACCAGUGAAUUUAAUUGAAAAAACAAAACCCACCAAGCCGAUGGAGGAAAAUAAGACAGUUCUGCCACCCGGUGAUGCUGAUCUAAAGCAGGUUUUGCACACUCAUAUUUCCAGCUUCAAUGGCCAACUUAAUUUAGCUUAUCUAUCAAAAAUUGAGAAGAAGAUGGUGGAACAUUUUAAAUUUAAAGACUUUUCUAGCAUGGAACAUGGGACAUUCCUUCAGUUUCUUGUGAAACAUUCUCAGAUUUUGCAAGAAGCAGGUGGAGGUGCCUUAAUGAUUAGCAACCAAGAUGUUAAGAACUGCAGCUUAAGACCCAGUCAGCAAGAUGUGUAUGAGCUAAUCAGGCAGUGUGGUGCGACUGACCAAACAAAAAUUCCUGAUAUUGAAGCAGCAAUAAAGAGCCAUUUCAAGGUAUUGGACACCAGGGAACUGGGAUAUGGAACAGUAGCUCAGUUAUUCAACAUUGUCCAGAAACAAAAAACUUACUACGAAGAUCAUGGCAAUAGAAAAAAUUUGGUUCAUUACGAAGCAGCGCUAUUUGUCAAAGAUUCUCGGCAAAGCUUAAUUGGAAGCACUGAUUCAGUGGGGCUUCUUGGAGAUAUGAGCAAAGACUCAGCCAUGGCAUGUUUGCUAAAUGCCCCCCUCUUGGAAGAUCUGUCUGAGUGGAGCCAAUGGGAGCUGGUGUUUGAACCCCAGCAUGGAAAUCUGAAGGACUUCAUAGAGCGGAACUUUGGAAAGAAAGUGACAAGCCUUGGGGACAGAGGUGAUGCUAUCAUUGCUGAUCUUGUCGCUCUGGAAGUACGGCCUGGUGUGUUGCUCAGGGUUAGUGCUAAUACUAGCAUUGAUCUCUUCGCUGAAGCUGUGAUGGCCCUAGAUCCAGUCAAUGCAGCAGGGCAUUUGGUUUCCAUUGUAAUUACAUAUGGCAUUGCCAAUGCACCCUUCGCCCUCCUGGGUAACCAUAUGGAAGCGUCACUGUCUGCAGCGAAUAGUCAAAGAGAGUUUCAAAUCGAAGACCGAGACACCUUGUUAGGAAGCUUUAUACUGGAUUGCCUCAUUAGAAUACCAGCAAGACUGUGCAGAUUUCUCAUACAACAGGUGUUCCUUGACCCUUUUUCCAGAGUAGCUGGGCAAACAAAUUCCAAGGCUGUUCUCCUGCAGGCUGCCAAGUCUCGCUUUCACUAUCAAAACCGACUUCACCAAAUGGGGAUUCUGAUGGGCAUAACAGACUGGGUGAAGGACUUCAACAUGAAGCUGAGCCCACCAAAGGCUCCAUUUAUGAAUUUCCAGAUGUUGAAGCCCAAAGUCAAUGACACUGCUUCUGUGAGCAGUUUGUCUUACACUGGUGACCUGGAGGAAGAUGAAGAUGAACCUGACUCUGAAGAAUUCAGAGAAUCAGACUUUGAGUCAGAAUCGGAGAAUGUAUCUUCUGAUGAAAGCUCAGAUGAAGAGAUAAAAUUCACAUUGGUAGAUGAAAUAGAUAAAGAAACGUCCUUUAACAAAGAUGAUGGAUCUCACCUGGACAGCAGUGAUGCCAAAAAGUGUCUUGCUGAUGAAAACGAGAUGGCAUGCAGAGCAGUCAUUGCUGACAUCAGAAAAAAUGAGUUUGGUAUAGGAGUUGAAUUGAAUGAUGAAGGUAAAAAACUGAUGGAAGUGAGUCAAAAUCGACUUGGCCGAAGUCUGGAGAGGUUGUCAAAGGAGCUAUAUAGCAAGGACACCCACUUUGUUUUGGAGCUUAUUCAGAAUGCUGAUGACAAUACGUACCCUGAGGACAGCAGUGUGCAUCCAAGUUUGCUGUUUGUGGUUGAAAAAAGUUGUAUCUCUGUUUUGAACAAUGAGCAUGGGUUUGAAGAGAAUAACAUCCGUGCUAUCUGUGAUGUUGGACGAAGUACCAAGGGAAAGCACAAAUACGGCUACAUAGGUCAGAAAGGAAUCGGCUUUAAGUCUGUUUUUAAAGUGACCGACUGCCCCGAAAUUCACUCUAAUGGUUUCCACAUCUGCUUCGACAAGACAAGUGGUCCAAUGGGUUAUAUUCUGCCCCACUGGCUUGAGAAUGAGAAAUCCCUUACAAUGGAGAUACCUGAGCUACAAGUGAAGAGCUGGACGACAAAAAUUGUUCUGCCACUGCGUUUGGAAAACCAGAAUAUGCAGAAUUUGUUUCAUGAUGUUCAUCCAUCCUUGCUUCUGUUUCUACAUCGUUUGCGCUCUCUUUCAAUUGUCAAUCAGAUUGAGAAUCGAAUUAUGUCAAUCACACGGAAGGAUGUGGACCACAACGUGCUUGAGAUUCAGCACAGUGAUGGAUAUGAACGUUGGCUGGUAGUGAAAAGAAUGCUGUCUGCAAAUAAGAUAAAAAGCAACGUGGAUUGUACAGAAGUUGCUCUUGCCUUCAAAAUGAACAACACGGAUGAAGCUUAUGGGCCGAGGGUACAGCCAGAGAAACAACCAGUGUUUGCUUUUCUACCUCUGAGAAACUUUGGCUUCCGUUUCAUUAUUCAAGGUGAUUUUGACAUUCCAUCAUCUCGUGAAGAUGUUGAUCGUGACAGCUCCUGGAACCAGUGGCUCCGCUCUGAAAUACCACAGCUAUUUCUUCAUGCAAUGGAUGUCUUUGUAGAACAUCCAGCAUUCAAAGACCUCCAAGGACUUUGUGAAUUUUUGAAAUUUAUUCCACUUCCUGAUGAAAUUUUUGAUUUCUUCAAGCCAGUUGCAGGUCAAAUCAUUCAACUUCUCAAAGGAAAACCCUUUUUACCCACAAAAGAAGAUGAUGAUGGCCAUAUUGAAUACAAAUUGCCCUCCCAAACUGCUGUUUCAUCAGACUUUCUAAUUCAGGAGGUUAUUAGUUCAGAGGUUCUUCACAAACACCUUAAUCUUUCAUAUCUGAAUCCUGCUGUACAGGCGACCUUACCUGCAGCUCUCAUGUCAGUACUUGGAGUGCACAGACUUACAGGUUCUGAUAUUGUUGCUGUCACGGCUGCUGUAUCCAAGGAGUUAAUCAAAGGUGGUGACAACUACAGUGAGGAGUGUUUGGUAAAAAUUGCCAAACUGAUGGUCUGUAACUUCCGCACACUGGAGCAUGAUUAUAGUGCAGCAGAUGGCAUACUUCAAGAGUUACGGUCUAUUCCCAUGAUCCCUCUAGUGAAUGGGCGCAUGGUGGCACUAAAUGGGCAGGGAGUGUUCUUUCCUCUUGGAAAUUCACAGAAGGAGCAUACAGGCCUGAAGGGACUUUUCAAAGACCUUAAUAUUGUCGAUCCCAACCUUCUUAUGUGUCUUGAUCCUCUGAGUAACUCCCAGGUGAAGGAGCUUCUGAAGAGGUUAGAAGUUCAUGACCUGGAACCAGACAAAGUCCUUCUAGAGCACAUUAUUCCUAUUUUAAAGAAUGGACUUUGGAAGAUGAAACCUGAAGACACUGUAAUCAGUUAUGUACGUUUUAUAAAGGAGCAUGCUGACAUCCAGGACCUGGCAAAAUGGAAGGCAUAUAUCCCAGUCAAUACCAACAAAGGCUUUCUAUGUCCAUAUGAGACAAAUGUUCAGUUUUCACAAGAAUAUGGAAAUUUUGAUUUACCAUCAAAGCUCCCAGGAGUGGAAUGGGUUCUGUUGCACUCCUGCUAUUUGGAGACUGACUCAGAUGUGCAAAGCUGGAGAGACUUUUUUAAUGCAUUAGGGGUACAGGACCUAUUUAUCUUCAGGAAGGUGAAGCAGUGUUUCAGCAAAAAGGAAUUGGAAUCUAGCCCAUGGGCCACCGAACAUAAACUUUGGUCAGCAAGACUUGAAGAUAUCUACACUGUUGAAGAUUAUGAAUGUAUUGAAUUUAAAACCCUCAUGACAGUUGACCAUCUGUCAGAGGAAGUGAAGUUUGACCAGAGAUGUGAACUUUUAAGAUUGCUCAAUGAUAACUGGAACACAGGGGCCAGGUUUUCCCAGUACCUUAAAGCCCAUGUGUUGGAUUCCCAAGGACAGAAGAUAAAUGAGACCAGAUCAUCAUUUGUUUUUUACUUGAUGACAAUGCCAUGGAUUCCAGUUCGUAACACAGCUCAUGGCAGUUCACAUGCAAACAAAGUGGAGUUUUUGAAUCCUUAUAAAGUGUACUUGCAAUCAGAAGAGCUUUAUAAACUUUUGGGAGCACAUGUUAAAUACAUUCCUAUUUACCUGAAUCCAAGUGACUUUGCAGUUUCUAUAGGUAUCAAGAUUAAUGUUACUGUCGAAGAAAUGCUCAUACUUUUUAAGUCAUGGUGCACCAGUUCAGUGGCAGGCAGCUCCCGGGAGGCAGAAGGCGGGUAUUUCACUACUACCACUGAACACAUUUAUUUCAUCUACAAGUACCUUUAUCAAAACUGUAACCACUUUCAACUGAAAGAGCUUUUUCGUCAAACUCCAGCAGUGUUUGUUGAAUAUGAAAGGAGAGAAGACUCCUGCUCUGGAAAGUUUUACUAUAUGAAGGAAGUGUGCUGGUCUGAUCCGACAGGAAUGUUUCAGAAAUACAGAGAUCUGAUCAGAGGAUCUGAAGGAGCCGUGCAAGAGCCACGUGUUUUGGCUCCAUUUUAUAAUCAGAACAGUGAAAUAAAAGAUUUAUUUCUUAAGUCAUUAAAUAUUGAUAAAAUCCCUUCUAUGAAGCAAUAUGUUGAUCUCCUUGAAGUCAUUUGUGCUGAAUGGCCUUUACCCCCCAAAGAACUUCUUCAGGAUGUUUCUGCCAUCUACGCAAUUUUGGCCAAAAAGUGCAAAAUCCAUGUUGAUAAUGAUAUUGAGACUCAGGUUGACGUUAACUAUCGUCAGUCUCUUAAAGAAAUGCUGAAAGAUAAGAAUGUUUUCCCCACCAAAGGAAAUUGCUGGGUUUCACUAGCACGACAGCCUUUGAUUCCUGACAAGAAGGACCUGGAAUGGAUUUUUAAACAGAGCGGCCAAGUGUGCCUGCUUAAUCUGCCACCCGCUGAUUUGAAGUAUUCCCUCAAAGCCAAGAGCGCCUUGAAACAAGGGAAGCAGGUGUUGAAGGAAAAUCAAUUCACUUUUGAGGAGAAGGACAGAGCCCUUUUCCUGGAGAUUUGUGGCGUGAAAAAGCUUUCCCAGUGCAUCAUAAUGCAAGCCCAGACAGAAAACUACAGGCCGUGCCCAGCAAUGCAACACCUUGUCCGCCAACUUGUUCCAUACAUCCAGAAAUUUUUAUACAAUCAUGCAGCUGUCUACCAAGAAUUAGAAGAGAGAAACAUCUCAGAAGCCAUCAAGUCACUUUCUUUUGGACAGGUUGGCAAACUUUACAUCUUGUAUGAGCUGAGGCUAUCCAAUAUGGAACCUUUGAUUGAGAAGGAAGAUGUGAUCUGCCUUUUGAAAGAUAACAAGGAGUUGUAUAUUCAGAAAGAUCAUCUUAAUGCACGCUUAGAAAUUUGCAGGGAACUGGUGAAGAUGUUUAGCUCAGAAGAUAAGGACUGUGAAAAGGAGCUGGAACGAUUCCUACAGAUGUUGAUGUCUUACCUGGACGACCAAGCUGCUUUGAAACGUUUCUUGUGCAAAGAGGACAUUAAGGAGCUUCCAGAGACUGUAGAAAAAUGGGAGGUGCCAGAACCCAAAGAGAUGAUGCCUGAGCCCAAAGUGCAUCACCUUGAUGAACAAAUGCUUCACUGUUUUGCUACGGAGAAUGUGAUGGAUAACACUGAAGCAGGGGAGAAGGGUCUCACGUCCUGGCCGCCCAAGUCGUCAUUUCAUGGUGUACCAAAUGCUGUGACAUCAGGAGAAUCGGUCAACUCUGUGUUGAAGAUGUGGCCACCCCCUGCUGAACCAUCUUCUGUCAGUGUAUCAAAACUUCACCACCCCACGCAUGACGGCAGCAAAACUACUUUUGAUGAGACAAGACAACCAAGUCCUCCAUUGUUUGCUGCAACUCACAGUGGACUGCCUCUCCUUCGACAGCAUUCAGGCGAAAACUCCAGCAGCCUGUCUUCACUUUCAAAGCCAGAUAAUCCCAAUCUGAAGGAUAAUCCCACUGAUCCACUCCCAGAAGGUCAGAUGGAUAUACGAACCUUACCAGAUAACAGUACCACCUUGACAUCAGAAGCUUCCAAAGUCAACUUCAAGCCUGCCACGUCAGACCUUUAUCCCUGCCUGUUUCAAGGGGGGGCAGAUAUCCAGCGACCACCCAUUCCUCUGGAUAAACCUAUUUGGGCACAAAGGCAGCCCCCUGAAGCUGUUUUGGAAGACCUUCCCAUUGAUUCUAGUGUCUGUUUGCCAAAAGCAGCCAUCUUUCCCGAGGAUACCGAAAGUAGCUAUGCUAUUGGCCGAUGGGGUGAGACACUAGUGUACGCCUUCUUAACAAACUGGAAAGAAAAUGGAACUAACUGCAAGCCGCUGGAGAUUGUGUGGAACAAUAUGAAUAGUGAAAGUGGACAACCCUAUGAUUUCAAAGUCACUUUCACGCCUAAAUCCGGCCAAGGUCUUACUGAGGUUUUUAUUGAAGUCAAGGCCACAAUGAAGUCAGAGAAACAUUUUAUACACAUCUCCGCAAAUGAAUUGGAUCUGGCACUAAAACAGAAGGAAAAUUACCAUAUAUACAGAGUAUACAAUGCUGGCGACUCGCACAAUGUCAGACUCUGUCGUAUCAGGAACCUUGCUCAGUGUCUGCAUUCGAAACAGCUGGAGCUCUUUCUCUUUGUGUAAAAAAGUCCGCCAUCAGCAACCUGUGUUACGUGCAGGAAAAGCUUUUGAAAAUAUUUGUACAUUUUGGUUUUAAUAAUUUACCAUUUUUAGGAACAAUUUUACGUGUCAUAUUUUAAUCAGACAGUAGGAUGUAUUUUGUAACAAAUAAAAGCAGGCUAGAGGUCUCUAUGCAAUUAAAUUUUAGUGUAUAUCUAGACAAAGCUGAGUAGGGCAGAUGAAAUGUUUGUUUACAUUACAUGAUAAGCAAGGAGAGGAUAUUUUCUUUGUCAUUUGUUUGCAUGCCUCAUUUUAUACGAAUGUGCUCUAAAAAUGUGAUGCCACCAACGGUCCUCCUUCCAUCCAUCCAUUAUAAUAAAAGCUUAAUUUGGCAGGGGCUUUUGUGAGUCGGCCUUAGGCUGGAUGUUAGCUUGGAAGGUACAUCAUGUUAUAAUAUUAUUGAAAGCAAUUGAGCACAAUGAUGGAUCACUCACUUGUCUUUUUACAAUUUUUAAGAAAAUUCUUGUUUCAAGGGCAUAUGUUUUUGUAUUAACUGGUUGGCAUUUUGCAAAUUAAAGGCUGCUGGAGAGCAUGGGCUUUUUGCCUCUGCCACAGCCAUCUUUACAACUCUUGUGACUCCAUCUCAUUUACCAGAGUCGACGGCCUUCACUGAGCCGCCUCUACUGGCACGGUGAUUUGAUUGUUGAAUUGAUCUCAUUACAUUGCUUGUGAGUGAAUGAGAUGGCAUAUAAAAGAAGACGGAAAUUGAACACUAAAUGAAAUGUUAACAAACUGGGGAUUCAGCUGUAGCCGGCAAGGAGCAGAAUCAGUUCUGUUAAGGAAAGCAGAGGUUCCUUCCCUUUCAUCAACACUAAUCCCCUCUUUACAAUUUGUUUCUUAAAAUCAAUUUUCAAUUUCACUCACAGCUCUCCUUUUCAUCUGUUUCAUUUUUUUUUCGUUCUCUGAGUUUUAUUGAAUAAUGAUUUAUAAUUCAACCAGGUGUAGAAAAAUUCUAAGUUUGAGUAGCCGAGCCUGAGCUUGAGCACAUCAGACAAGAUCUUAAUGGGCACCAGCAUUUCCCUGUAGCAGUAAAAAGCCAGAUCAGCAGGCACUUUGAUCAUUGUGAUUAUCAUCGAAAUGGAUUUGACUUAGUAUUGUUUGCCUUUUUUAAUAUAAUUAUCACACAAUUAAUGCUUCAGGUAGUGUUACUCAUUUUCCCAAUAUAGCAGCUU